GACACCGGUCGACAAGUGAUCUCAACCAGAUGAUCAAGCUACCUGUAUUUUCGGAUCAAUCAUCCGACCCGAUCAUGUCAUUUUUUUUCUCAUAAAAAAACUUCAUUUUUAACCUUUCAGAGUGAAAAUGGGGAUAAAAGAUUUCCAAAGUUAUAUAGAGCAAGAUCCAGAGUUAAGCAAGGUUGGGGUGACCAGCCUGGAUCUUGUUAAAACAGCUUGGAAACUUAACAAACCACAUGGACAGGUUCCUGCGUUAGCUCCGAACCGUCUUGCUCUGGUGGUGGACGGAGAGAACUGUCUUGACAGAUUAUAUGGAGGAUUUUACUCAGAUUGGAGUUGUGGUGGGGAAUGGAACCACAUGGUAGAAUUUCUCUGCGUUUUCUUUACAACUCUACAACAAGCAAACGUUCAUACAGCAAUCUUCGUCAACGGAGCAUUAGAACCAGACAGGUUUGACGAGUGGGUAGCGGAGCAGAUGAGAAUAAAACAGAACGUGAAGAAUAUAUUAAAACAUCUGAAUAAGAGGGGUACUCCGCCCCCUAAAGUCUGGUGGGUCCCGCCCACAGGGAUUAAAAGCGUACUCCGCCUUGCUUUGAGGCACCUAAAUGUUCCUGUGAUGAGCAGCAUGGAGAGUCAUCACCAGGAAGUGGUUGGGUUCCUCCGGGAGAACGGAUACCAUGGGAUUGUAGCUGAAGAUUCCGAAUAUUGUAUCUUUGACCCACCAAGAUAUUUCUCUGCCCACUCGCUGAAGUUAACAUUGAAGUUUACGGUGGAGACCAAGGAGAUCGUCAUGGAUGAGGUCGCCAAGGGGUUCGAUCUUAAUCCGAACAGAUUUAGUUUAAUGGCUGCUCUACUUGGAAACCAUAUUCUAACUGAAUCUGAGUACUAUAGAGAAAAUCGCCUAAUAUUAUAGGAAUCAGCGGCUCAUGAUAUAAUUCGAGCAGUGGUUGACUAUGUCCGAUCCCUGCAGACUGUUGAGGAUGUGGUUGCUCUGGGAGCUCAAAUAUUCGGAUCAGAAUCUGAUCCGAGGAUUAGAAAACUCAAGAGUGUUGUUGACUAUUACAACAGUGGAACUGAGGAUGGAUAUAAGAAGUUUGUUCCUUCCAAGAAAAAGAAAAGAGAAGGUAUAAAGCUUGCUAGUGAUACUGCCGAGUCCCAGGGUGAGAGCAGGCAAGCUUACAGGAACCUAACCCAAGGAAAGAAGAAAGGAAAGAUUGUUGACGGAAAUGGGGAUCUGGAGACUCAUGACGCUGCAGACAAGUUUGAGAAUUUGACCAUUAACACAGAUCCUAUUGCAGAGGAUAGUAAGGACGCUGUGUCUGCUGUUGCAUCCGGGGACGUGAAGCCGAGUGAGGAAGGAAAAUAUCCAGUAAAGAAAGAAGAUGUUUAUCCCACAAUCAAGAAUAAUGUUAAACCCGUAGUUCCCUCAGCUCAUCCAGAGGUUUUAAAGACUGCCUCGGACAGGCACAGGCAGGCCAGCAUGUCUCCAGCUCUCUACAGUCUUCUAACUACAGGAGAUAUAAAGCUUCCCCAACUGUUAGAGGAUGAAGGACACACUGAGAUCCCCGCUAUUCACACUAUCUACAAGGAACUCAGACAGAAAGUUUACGGAAUUGUGUUUAAUCAUCAUCAUCUUACAUAUACAAGGAAUAAAUACGAGGACGAGGUCAACUCAUUGAAGAAGAAGAUCAAGGCGAUCAAGGUUCAGCAAAAGAAGAUGGCGGGUGGGGAGGUCGUCCUCCACAAGGGGGAGCCCACCCCGGAGAGCGAGGUCCUGGAGGAGAAGCUGGUCGACUCCAACAAGAAGCUGGAACUCAUGCAGAAAAAUGCUCCCGAGUUGAUGGAGAUUAAAGUGAGAGAAUGGUUACCCUACAAUAACUACUCAACCCCGGAGCUAGUUGAACCUAAGACCUGCCAGUGGUCUGUACCUACCCUGAAAAGGUUGUGGUUCGGAACCAACUUGGAAGAUAAACAGAGGAGGCUCAGAGCAUUUCUCUCCUGUUUGAAUUCAGAUACAAGUCUGAUGAUGAAUACAAGCCAUGUUCCCCAGCACCUUCUUCUCAUGUGCUGUGUCCUCAGAUAUAUUAUGACACAAAAGAGUAUUCUCAGAAAACCAGAGUUAGACGCUUUCCUGGUAACCGCCUGCUCCUCUGAACUAAUGGACUCUGAGAACCUAGCUCGCAUGAAGCUAGACUUGGUGACACCCCGGGGUGUUCAGCUCGCCACCCUCUUCAUGCAAGGCGUAGACAUGGCCCUGUUCGCCAACGAUGCCUGUGGCGCCCCUGUACCAUUCCUAAUGUGUUGCCCCUGGUUGUUCUUCGACGGGAAGCUGUUCCACAGUAAACUGCGUAGAGCUGUUGUUGCGCAGAAUCUGAUGGAGAUGUGUAAUCAUGAUAUGCCGAUGGUUCUAAAGGUUGAGCAGAUGAGAAAAGCAAUUCUUGACGGUUUAGUUCCAGAGUUCUCCGGUUCACCUUUCCCAGGUCAAGGACAGGCAUUUGGGAACAUGAAUAAGAUGAACAUGGUGAACAUCAACAACAUGAACAGCAUGUUCAACCAGAACAAGAUGAACAUGAUGAUGAACCAGAGACCUGGGAUGAUGCAGAACCAAGGCAUGAUGUCCCGUGGAGGACAGCUGGUGGUGGCGGGGAGCGUUGUGGGACAGUGGGGCGGAAAUUUCGGCGGUCAGGGGCGAGGAGGGCAUAAUCGUAAUCCCCGCGAAGCCCCCCGUGGGAUGGGUUGGGGCGGGAAGUAAGGGAGACGGGAAUGAAACUGAAACCAGUCAAGUUAUCUAUUUUGUUAUCCUGUUAUCUUGUUGUUAUUGUCUAGUCUGUAAGGGACAAAAAAUUCCUCUGAGCUGUGAGUUCUCUCGUUAAGGUUUCAAUCAGAUAUCCUUCUCCUCAACUAGGAGAGAUUUUCUCUAACCUAGAGUAAGUGUCCUCAUUCCGAAGUAGGUUUCCUCAACCCGAAGUAGUAGGUUACUUAAUCCCGGAGCAUAUUCUCCAAACCUGGAGUAGGAUAUCUGAAUUCAAACCUGAAUGGAGGCUAAGAACCUAACCUGUGAUUAUACCUCGUUGUGCUCUAUACACCAUCCAGAUACUGUAUUGAGAAACCACUAUAUACAGCACACGAUGAGGCCAGACCAACCUAGACCAGGACCCGGAUACGGUCGGAACCAUUCUCCAGAGUAUCCACGUCUACCUGGAGUAAGAAACUUCCCGACUAAUAUCCUGGAGUCCUCGUCUUCACAAGAACUUGAAUUAAAAACUAAUCAAAGCCUGGGGGUUUAAAUAUUUAGUAAAAAAAGAGAAUUACUGCUGUAUCGUCCAGCAGUCAAUGAAUUAUCCAAGCUAAGCGUAUUUAUCUAAUAUUCUGAUGUAACCUAAGCGUAUAAUGUUAAAACUAUUGAAAGAUUGAGAUGGAAGGAUGGAUUAUCGUGUUAAGGGAUACAGGGGCGAGAUAUAUAUUGAACAUUAUUCCAACAUUUGUUUCAAAAUGAAUUUUAACAAUUGUCUUAUUAUAUUAUUCAACAUUUAUUCUUAUUAGCUUCCUUCUAAACCUAUCUUAAUCCCUUUUAACAAUAUUAAUAUCUAAAGCACUUCUUUUUAUUUCUGAGUUAGAAUUUUUGAAUAUUUUUCUUUUCUUUUCCCGCUAAAUUGAAAAAAUGAAUUGAACUGGCAGGAAAGCUUAUUUAGUUAGGAGAAAAUCAAUAUAAAAAACUAAAAAAAUAAUGUUAGUCUAGUAGGUUUUAAACCAUAUAUCUACCCAUUUUAUUGUGAAAUUAAAUUUCGUCCAAAUUUUGGAUAAAUGAAAUAAUUUUUUGUGCUUAAUGUAAUUAUCUAGACGUCCGAGCAAAAAGUUAAUUUUUAUAAAUUAUUUUCAGGAUUUUAAAAGUCUCGUUUAUCACUUUUUGCCUGGACAACUGGGUCGAGUUUAGGUCUAUUUUAAAAGUCAAGUGACAGUCGAUCUAAGGAGAGAAAUCAAAUGCGCGUUUCUACCAGGAAACUUUGCGAUUUUCAACCCCAAGAUACUGAAAAUUUCACUUAUUAUACCCUAGUAUAAGCGAUUAAUCGCUAUUUUAUCAUUAUUAUGGCGGAGUUGCCCGCAAUCUAGUUGAGGUAACAUACCUAUUAUCCUAGAAGUCUGCGUAGCACGCUGUUUUAUCCUAGAAAUAUGCGCGCUAAGCCGAACCAAUCUCGCAAUCCGGAAACCGGUUUUGCCUGAUUUAAAGUUGUUAUGGGGUGUUUUGUAAACAUUAGUUCAUCGUCUGGUUUCAUGUGCUUAAAACAAAAAUUUGAAAUAAAUUGUUUUAUUAUGAAAA